ACAAAACAAAACAAAAAGAACGAAAAUAAAGAACAAGUUAUCGAAGGUUCUGUUCUUGUUCUUCUUCGUUCAUCAUCGCCACCGUCACUCUUGUACAAUUCUCUCAUGGUAGUUGAUCUCUCUCCUCGAUCAUCCAAACGAAGAAGAAUCACCAACCCUUAUUCAAUGGACAAAAUUGCAGAGAUGCAUGAAAAAUUUGGACGCGAAAUUCGUGUUUUUGAAACAAUGUCACUUUCUGCAUCACCAAAUGAUGCAGCAAACAAAGAAGAGGAGACAGAAGAGUUCUAUGAGUUUACUGCUGAAGAUUAUUACAAAAUCUUGGCUACGAAAAAGGAAGAUAAUUUCCUGAAGACUCGAAAACUUCGAGAUGCAGAUCUGGCAGCUCGCAGGUCCAGAAUAACAAAGGCUGUAAUUAGAGUUCGCUUCCCUGAUAAUCACACACUGGAAGCUACCUUCCAUCCAUCAGAAACCAUUCAGAGUUUAAUUGAUCUCCUCAAGAAAGUGAUUGCACAACCAGAGAAGCCAUUUUAUUUAUAUACUACUCCACCUAAGAAGCUGGUCAAAGAUAUUUCCCAGGAUUUCUAUACUGUUGGAUUUUGCCCUGGUGCCAUUGUGUACUUCUCAUAUGAUGUUUCAAAAGGUGAUAGCAGCGACGAUGGCCCUUACCUACCUGAAGAGGUCAUGUCUUUGAAAGGUUUGAAUUUCUCUGACGAUAAAGGCCAGUCGUCAAAUCCUGCACAGUCUGAGCCGGUGUCUGCUGAGCCUGUCGUGCAACCUCCUGCUGAAGAGAGAAAACCGGCGGAGAAAAAACUUGUCAAGCCAAAGUGGUUGAAAAUGUGAUAUCAUUUUCCCAACAGUAGUUAAGUGGUUUAGUUGAUGGAGGGGACUUUCCUUGUUUUGUGCGUGUAUGUAUGUUCAAAGUUGUUCAUUUUGGUGAUUUUUUCUCAUAGCUAAUGUUACUUGGCAUAUGGAUAUUUACUUGGUGGUAAUUUUUUCUCAUGGCUAAUGUUACUUGGCAUAUGGAUAUAUUUACUUGGUGCAUCAUGUUACUUGGCAUAUGGAUAUGGUUUUUUAUGGGACUUCUCUCUCA